AUGGACGUCGCUGGCGCGGCCAUGCAGACGUUUGUGAAGAAGGUCGUAGCUACGACGUGCAUAAAAAUGGUUAACGUCGCGGCCUUCACACUGUUCUCCUACGACUACCUGUUGACGCUGGGGAUGGAAGUCAAACACGUCUGGCCAGGAGCGUGGACGCCCGUCAAGAUCGUUUACCUGCUCCAACGUUACCUCCCAUUUAUCGACACACUGUUGCUAGAAGCGCAAAUCUCUUUCGCUCAGAAUCUAACCCUGAAGACGUGUACGAUCCUUAGCAAUGUGGGUAGAUCGAUGGUGUUUGUGGGGUUGGCUUCGUCGGAGAUCCUCCUCGCGAUACGAGUGUGGGCCGUAUGGAACAAGAACGAACUACUAUCGAUCUUCCUCCCCGUUGCCUUUGCCGCCUGCUUUCUACCCCACAUUCCAAUCCUCUAUUUCUUCCUCACUUCUAUUCAAUUCGGCGUUGCUCCAUGGCCGUUGUUUGGGUGUUUCGCGGUGUCAGCGAAUCCGAUUAUUUUCGUCAACUUUGUGCUAUUGCUAGUCUGGGAUACUCUUGUUUUAAUCCUGAUGCUCAUCCCUGCCUACAAAGCCUAUCACGACAGAGGCUACUCUGCGUUGUAUCAUAUAAUCUAUUCUCAAGGCAAGCCGAGCUAA